AUGAUAGUAGACAUGGUGGUAGGGCACCAGAGCUGCAACGAUCGUGACGCCACUGAAACACUCUUGUAUUUUGACAUGGUAAUUGUGAUGACUUGUGAGGGAAAGAUCAGGACCGAACCACAGUUCGCCAAGCUCUUCUCUGAAGCUGGAUUCGCCAGUUACACCAUUACCCCAGUUUGCGGCCUGCGAGUCCUCAUUGAACUCUAUCCUUAG